GGCCGGGGCAGCUGCGCGGUUCUUACCGUGAGUGGCGAUAAAACUUAUCUUCUGCGCAGCAUCGAUCCCUGAAGCCAAAUUAACCCUGUACUAAACACCAAUGAUAUCGUACGUACCCCCCAGUCAUACGUACGCAUGCAAGCUGGACGAGGAGCAUACGGCCACUUGUUUUGAAGCAUAUAUCAAAGCUGGGGGCCGGAAAUAGUACUGACACCAGCCUGGAUUUUUUAUUGGCCCAUGAAUUUCAACGUGCAUGUGGGUCUGCUACACCUUGAUUGGUGAGUAGAUAACUGAUCAGCAAAGCCAUGUGAGCGUCUAUGAUAAGGUAGGCUCUGAUCAGCAUACCCCAGUAGGCAGUAGCCACUGAUCUCCUGACAUCACUCCCAGUUGAUCCUGCAGAAAUUUAAAAAUAUUCCGUCUUUUAACUUCUAUAAAUACCAAAACCAGAGAAACAUUCAGACCAUAAAGCCUUCAGUACUCUGCGCGCAACUUAAAACUGCUACAACUUCCAAUACCAGUUCUCUUAUCACUCAAAUCCCACCUCGACCCGCUCACAACUUUCCAUACCAGUUGUAUUAGUCAUGGGUAUGCGUCUGCAAUCCGUGCUUCUCAAUGCCAAGCAACUUCUCAAACUGCAGUCCAUGCAUACUAGAGGCAGAAAUCAGCCGGACGUUCCCAAAGGCCAUAUCGCAGUCUAUGUGGGAGAGAUCCAAACAAAGAGGUUUGUGAUUCCCAUAUCUUACGUGAACCAUCCUUCGUUCCAAGAUCUGCUUAAGCAAGCUGAGAAAGAGUUCGGAUUCAAUCAUCCAAUGGGUGGCCUAACUUUUCCAUGUAAAGAGGACGCCUUCAUUGAUCUCACUUCUCAGUUGCAUGCCUCAUGAAAGAUGAAGAACGAUGAGCUUUCCUCUACAAUUUUGACAUCUUUUUUCUCUAAUAGACUUCAGAAUAGUACUACUUUAGAAGUAACUUAGUGGACAGAGCAAGAGUAAAUUGCUCUCCCAUAAAAAUAUGUAUGUACAUGAUCAUCCUCAUGUAAUGAAGUUAAUUAUAUAUAUAUAUAUAUAUAUAUAUUGGAUAUCAACUCUUCUGUAACUCCUAA